AAUCUGGCAGCCGCAUUGGUAGCAGCAGGUGACAUGGAAGGGGCAGUACAAGCUUACGUAUCUGCUCUUCAGUACAAUCCUGAUUUGUACUGUGUUCGCAGUGACCUGGGGAACCUGCUCAAAGCCCUGGGUCGCUUGGAAGAAGCCAAGGUAGGUGUUUGAUAGAGCACAUUUAAACAUCAGUGUUAUGAAAACUUGUACUUUUUGCCAAGUCUUCAACUCUUCAUUGAGCUGUCUUCACAAAACAGUCCUAAGAAACUGAGGAAAACUGACGGCAUGAAUCGCCUCAGACUAGAGCAGGGCCAGGCUUUGGCAUAUCUGUUCUAAAUCUGGGGGUAAAGCAAGAACCUGAACAUCUUGGAGCCUUUCUGCUGAGCUAGAUCAUCUUUAUAACAAUGGGCUCCGACAUGAUCUUUUGUGGGAAUAAAUAACAUUCCUUCAAAUCUGAGGCUUGCCUGCUGGUGACAAGCAGAGCGCCUGUGAUUUGGCUCAAGACUCCUUAUGAUGCAGGUGCCAUUGAAAAUGCUGCUCUUCUAAGUCCUUUGUGGCUUGUAAGUGGAGAAGAACUUCAUCCAAAUGUUACCCUGUAAUACUGGCAUUUAAAUUCUUAUUUAACCUUCCUCCCUUCAUCUUCCUCACCCUUUUUACAGUGGAAGAAAGGCUGUUAAAAUGAUUGCAAAUUAAUAAUUGGAACAUCCUGCCCCUUCUUGUCCCCAUUCCUUCCUUCAAGUUCCUUUUCCCUCUUUUCCAAUCCUAGUUGUCUACUUUUUUUCCUUCUUUACUUCCUUCUUUUAUUCCUCCCUACCCCACCUCCUUAAAAAAAAAAAAAAAGUCAGGACAAAGCUGGUUUGUUUGGGAAAUGGACUGAUCGAAAGAAAACUUGCCGAAGUGGAAAGGUGGCUUUUAGCAUUCUGUGUUACCAAAUAUGAAUUUGAACACCAGGUUGGGUUAUUAAAGCAUUUGGUAUAAUUUUAAAUUAAAUUUAUAAAUGAAAUUGUCUUGUUACAAGCCACCUUACGCAACCGCGCUGCAGGGGUGAGGAGUGGGGAGAAACCAGAAUGCUUCUGAAACUCCCACCUGUUGCUCUGAGCCCCACGCGCAUGCUAAUGCGUGGAGUGUAUGCGCAGCGUAGCUGUCUGUUUGCCUGCUUUAUCCAGGGAGGGAGAAGGCUUUUUAGUAUCAUCUCAUGUUCAAAGGCACUAGUUUUAAGUGCAUAGUUCAUAAAUUCUGCUGACACUUUGGAUUAACCUUAUGUUGGUUUCCAGCUAAUGAAUUGUAAUUGAUUUUAAUCUUAGCUGAUAAAUCCAAUUGGUAAUUUAUAGAACAAAUAUUUGAUAAGCUCCUAUUAAUUGUCACCCCACCAAGCGGACAGCUAACAUGAAUUGCACUUCACUGCAGCUUUAGAGAUCGGUUUAGGCUGAGACAUUGCGCCUGCCUUAGGUUGCUGACUUCUUUAUUUCAGAGCUCUGGAGACACCUAGUUUGAAAAAUGUUAUUCUGUUUUUGUGAGAACUAGUGAACAAGAAAAUACUCUUGAGUGAAAUGCAAUGUAUUUCUUUUGUAAUCAGUGCAUUUGAAAAUUCAAGCCAGCAUAUUCCUAGUAGAUGGAAGCAAAUUGAAGUUGUCUUUGUAGAAAAUGAAGAGCCUUUCUUCCAGUAAAAAUCCCUGCUGUAUGCAGUAGCCCUGAUUAACCCUCUCCCUUCUGCAUGUUUCCCAUGUUACAGACUUGAGACUGUCCUCAUUCCCAUAUGUAAUAGACAUCCAAAGAAUUUCAAUUGCUUUGUUGAACUUUUACUAAUGAUCUUGUUUUUAUUUUCUCUCUUGUUUUUGGUUUUUCACCAUUGAUAUUGUAUUUAGAAGGUUUCAGGUGGGUGAAACCUCCUAUUCCAUGCGUAAGGUGCCUCGCUGAAGGGAGCUCGAGGCCUGGAUCUAGGGCAGACACACACCUCCUCCUCUUCCAGCAAGGAACGCACCGAAAAGUCACAUGAUGAGAAAUAUGGCAUGUUAUUUGAAAGCAAUUGAGACGCAACCGAACUUUGCAGUAGCUUGGAGUAAUCUUGGCUGUGUUUUCAAUGCACAAGGGGAAAUUUGGCUUGCAAUUCAUCACUUUGAAAAGGCUGUCACCCUCGAUCCCAAUUUUCUGGAUGCUUAUAUCAAUUUAGGAAAUGUCUUGAAAGAGGCACGGAUUUUUGACAGAGCUGUGGCAGCUUACCUUCGUGCUCUAAGCUUGAGUCCAAAUCAUGCAGUGGUGCACGGCAACCUGGCUUGUGUAUACUAUGAGCAAGGCCUAAUAGAUCUGGCAAUAGACACCUACAGGCGAGCUAUUGAACUGCAACCACAUUUCCCUGAUGCUUACUGCAACCUAGCCAAUGCUCUCAAAGAGAAGGGCAGUGUUGCUGAAGCAGAAGAUUGUUAUAAUACAGCUCUCCGGCUAUGUCCCACCCAUGCAGACUCACUGAAUAACUUAGCCAAUAUCAAACGAGAACAGGGAAAUAUCGAAGAGGCAGUUCGCUUGUAUCGUAAAGCAUUAGAAGUCUUCCCAGAGUUUGCUGCUGCCCAUUCAAAUUUAGCAAGUGUACUGCAGCAGCAGGGAAAACUGCAGGAAGCUCUGAUGCAUUAUAAGGAGGCUAUUCGAAUCAGUCCUACCUUUGCUGAUGCCUACUCUAACAUGGGAAACACCCUAAAGGAGAUGCAGGAUGUCCAGGGAGCCUUGCAGUGUUACACCCGUGCCAUUCAGAUUAACCCUGCAUUUGCAGAUGCCCACAGCAAUCUGGCUUCCAUUCACAAGGAUUCGGGAAAUAUUCCAGAAGCUAUAGCUUCUUACCGCACUGCUCUGAAACUUAAACCCGAUUUUCCUGAUGCUUAUUGCAACUUGGCUCAUUGCCUGCAGAUUGUCUGUGAUUGGACAGACUAUGAUGAACGAAUGAAGAAGUUGGUCAGCAUUGUGGCUGACCAGUUAGAGAAGAAUAGGUUGCCUUCUGUACAUCCUCAUCAUAGUAUGCUAUAUCCUCUUUCUCAUGGCUUUAGGAAGGCCAUUGCUGAGAGGCAUGGGAACCUCUGCUUGGAUAAGAUUAAUGUCCUUCAUAAACCACCAUAUGAACAUCCAAAGGAUUUGAAGCUCAGUGAUGGUCGACUGCGUGUAGGAUAUGUGAGUUCUGACUUUGGGAAUCAUCCUACUUCUCACCUUAUGCAGUCGAUUCCAGGCAUGCACAAUCCUGAUAAAUUUGAGGUAUUCUGUUAUGCCCUGAGCCCUGAUGAUGGCACAAACUUCCGAGUGAAGGUGAUGGCAGAAGCCAAUCACUUCAUUGACCUUUCUCAGAUUCCAUGCAAUGGAAAAGCAGCUGAUCGCAUCCAUCAGGAUGGUAUACACAUCCUUGUAAAUAUGAAUGGUUAUACCAAGGGUGCUCGAAAUGAACUCUUUGCUCUCCGGCCAGCUCCUAUUCAGGCAAUGUGGCUCGGAUACCCUGGCACUAGUGGGGCGCUUUUCAUGGAUUAUAUCAUCACUGAUCAGGAAACUUCACCAGCUGAAGUUGCUGAACAGUAUUCUGAAAAACUGGCUUAUAUGCCACAUACUUUCUUUAUUGGUGAUCAUGCUAAUAUGUUUCCUCAUCUGAAGAAAAAGGCAGUCAUCGAUUUUAAGUCCAAUGGGCACAUUUAUGACAAUCGGAUUGUUCUGAAUGGCAUCGACUUGAAAGCAUUUCUUGAUAGUUUACCGGAUGUGAAAAUUGUCAAGAUGAAAUGUCCUGAUGCAGGAGAUAAUGCAGACAGCAGUAAUACAGCUCUUAAUAUGCCAGUUAUUCCUAUGAAUACUAUUGCAGAAGCAGUUAUUGAAAUGAUUAACAGAGGACAAAUUCAGAUAACAAUUAAUGGAUUCAGUAUUAGCAACGGACUGGCAACUACCCAGAUCAACAAUAAGGCUGCCACUGGAGAGGAGGUUCCCCGUACCAUUAUUGUAACUACACGUUCUCAAUAUGGUUUGCCAGAAGAUGCCAUUGUCUAUUGUAACUUCAAUCAGUUAUAUAAAAUUGACCCUUCUACUUUGCAAAUGUGGGCAAAUAUUCUGAAGCGUGUUCCCAAUAGUGUGCUGUGGCUGUUGCGUUUUCCAGCAGUAGGAGAACCUAAUAUUCAACAGUAUGCACAAAACAUGGGUCUUCCCCAGAACCGUAUAAUUUUUUCACCUGUUGCUCCUAAAGAAGAACAUGUCAGGAGAGGCCAGCUGGCUGAUGUCUGCCUGGACACUCCACUCUGUAAUGGGCACACCACAGGAAUGGAUGUCCUGUGGGCUGGGACACCGAUGGUGACUAUGCCAGGAGAGACUCUUGCUUCUCGAGUUGCGGCUUCCCAGCUUACUUGUUUAGGUUGUCUUGAGCUUAUUGCUAAAAAUAGACAGGAAUAUGAAGACAUAGCUGUGAAACUGGGAACUGAUCUAGAAUACCUGAAGAAAAUUCGUGGCAAAGUCUGGAAGCAGAGAAUAUCUAGCCCUCUGUUCAACACCAAACAAUACACAAUGGAACUAGAGCGGCUCUAUCUACAGAUGUGGGAGCAUUAUGCAGCUGGCAACAAACCUGAUCACAUGAUUAAGCCUGUCGAAGUCACUGAGUCAGCCUAAAUAAAGACUCUCCACAGGAGGAAUACCCCUCUACCUGAGCCUCAACCUUCAGGGGAAAGGGAACUAGAUAAUGUACUUUUUACUUAUCUGUAUAGUGUCAUAUUACAGAUGGGUGACAAAUAAUGAUAAUAGAAUAGCACAGCCAAGGUUGCUUUGUGCAUGAUAGGAAGAGACAUAAGAGAUGGGAAACUGCUGUUCUACAAGGAAUCGCCAUAGAAUUUUGCAGCGAUCAGGUGGUGCAUAGAUCUGGAUGGAAGGUCUGCUCUCCCUUGGUCUUCCAUGGGAUGGUUAGUAGAGGAGAGAUCUAGAUUGUCCAGCCGUUUUGUGAUUCCAUUGCUUGAUUGAGUCUUCUGAAUUAAUUUUUUCUUUAUAUUUUGGGUAUUGGAGCUUUUAAAAAUCUUUGGUUUCAGGUGAUUUUAUUCAUGUGAAGUGUAUAUGAUUCUCUUGAGAUAAGAUUUUAAACUAAAAUGUCGCUCCUUAUUUUAGUUUCUCAACUCUACAGAUUAAUGGGAACUUUGCUGGUGUAGUCUUUUUAUAGGUUUUAUAAACCACUUAAGCCUAUAUCAGUCGUUUGAGUGUCUGACCUAAUGAAUGGAGCUAUCAGUGCUUUUUUGAUUUAGAUCAUGAUUCAGAAUUUUUUUUUCUGGUCCAUUUCCUUCCCCUCCCCCUACUUUAAAAUUUCUCCUGUAAAUCAACUAACAAAACCAAGUCUGUUUCAAAGCAUCCCAGAGUGUUUCUCUAAAACACAUCAUCUAGUGCCAAAUGAAACUUCUUAGGAAUGAUUAUUAAUUAUGAAGGGCACAGUUGUGAUACUAUCAUUGAUGAUAAUAUUGAUUUUUGGCCUAGUUUUCAUCUAUUUCAUCAGUGUUUUACCUUUGACUGCCCCUCUAUGCUGCUUCCCGAAGUAAUAGUGUGUGAUAAGAUUUUUACCUUCCUUUUCUAAGGUUUGCUUUUUUUUUUAAGUGAGUCCUGUUCUUCCUAUUUCUGUCAGCAGAAAUGAAAUCCCAGGUAAGUAUAAGUAUUCAAAUAUUUGAUCACUAAGUAAAAGUUAUUGAGAAUAUAUUAAAUAAAUUUCAUCAAAAACAUGUUAUGGGUGAAAAGCUCUGAAGGACCAGCUAUGUAUAUGAAUAAUUAUUUUUCAAAUCAUCUAGGGUAUUAUAUAAUAACUGUCUUCUGGACUUGGUCUUGAAGUCUCUAUGGAUUCAGCCAUAGUAGCAAACUGUACUGCUAUUUGGUUUGGAGUUACAAAUUAGACUUUAGGCCAUCUGGAGCUUGAGUUCUUGGUAUUAAAAACCAUAGGAAUAAAAUCAUUGAAUUUCAACAAAUGAUUGAGGACUUGAGGCUUAAACAAACCAACAUAUGAAUAUAUGUUUUGUCUUGCUAUACUGCACUUAUGCUAUUCAGUAACAGUAACAGAUAAUUUUUUGUCUGCUAGUAGUGUUCUAGAUUAUAGUGUCUUUUCAAAGCACUAAGGCAGUGUACCUAUUCUGUAGUUGCAGCUGAUGCCUGAAUGUAUCCUAGCUGACAAAUUAUUGAUUAAUAAGAACUUGAAUUUCUGAAAGUCUGUUAACCAAAAUCUGAGCAGGAGUCUCAAAUAUAAUUUUUAGUCAGAAUUACAUGUGAAUGAACUGUGUAUCUUUUAACAAUGUAAAUCAAGGAACAUCAGUUUAGGGAUUUCUUAAUUUAUUUUUUACAUGAUUGAAAUAUUAAAGGUUGCCAGCAUGGUUGCAGAUAAACUGAUGUUUGAAAUUCACCAAACUACUUAAUGUGGAAUAAGAUGAUAGACUUCUAGUGCCCUCAAGGUUGUGACCUUACAGUCAUUUUACAUAGCACAUCAUUUCUCCUAUAGGGAUGAACUUUUUCCUGGCACGAAAGUAGCCGCUCUGGUUAAAGCUUUGCUUAUUGUAACAGGCUUUGGUUUCCAGGUAAUAUGCCUAUGGAAGACUUAAUUAUGAAUAGAGAUAUAGAGAUCACUGGAAACAAAUUGUUUUUUUCUAUUAUGCUCUGCUUUAUCAAAAAAGUAAAACAUUUAAAUUGUGCUACAGAAAUCAGGUGUUGUCUUGUGAUCUUUAAAAUAAUUAAUAAAUGAAUGAUUUGUCCUUAA